GACCGCGGAGUCCCGUGUUCCGCCGUUCCUGCACCUCGAUUUCCUCAUGAACACCCCUCGGCUCGAGCUGCUGUGGUUGUACUUCUUGAUCCUCCCUGAGGGCGCCCGGUUACAGCCCUCUUUCUCCCCGUCAGGGACAUUGCCCACCUCCUCAGUCCUGGGCCCGGUGACGCAGGGCGGGACUCCACAGCCCUCCUUGGAGAAUGCCACUCUCGGGGAAGUGCCUGGGCUUCUCAGCACGGCGGGCCCUUCUCUUGCGACCUCCGCGGCGCCCGCGAACUGGACCGCCGACCUCUUCCCAGUCCUACCGAUCUGUGUCUGUGACUUGACACCUGGUACCUGCGAUCUAAAUUGCUGCUGCGAUAGAGAUUGCUAUCUUCUCCAUCCCAGGACUGUGUUCUCGUUCUGCCUUCCAGGCAGCGUCAGGUCUUCAAGCUGGGUGUGUGUAGACAACUCUCUUAUCUUUAAGAGUAAUUCUCCAUUUCCUUCGAGAGUUUUCAUGAAUUCAAAUGGAAUCAAGCAGUUUUGUGUCCAUGUGAACAACUCAAAAUUAAACUAUUUCCAGAAGCUCCAAAAGGUCAAUGCAACCAACUUCCAGGCCCUAGCUGCAGAGUUUGGAAGCAAAUCAUUUACUUCAACAUUGCUACCUCAGCCACAACUCUCUUUUUAUAGGGCUGGGGAUCCCAUUCUGACUUACUUCCCCCAGUGGUCUAUAGUAAGCUUACUGAGGCAGCCUGCGGGAGUGGGAGCCGGAGGACUCUGUGUUGAGAGCAAUCCUGCAGGUUUCCUAGAGAGUAAAAGUACAACCUGUACUCGUUUCUUCAAGGACCUGGCCAGUAGCUGUACCUCAGAUCCAGCCUUGGAUGCUGUCUCCUACUAUAAUUUCACAGUCUUGAAGGUGCCCAAAAAUAUGACUGAUCUUCAGAAUAUGAAGUUCCACGUUCCAAUAACACUUACCUCACAGGCAAGUCCUCCUCUGUUGGCUGGAAACACUUGUCAGAAUAUCGUUUCCCAGGUCAUCUAUGAGAUAGAGACCAAUGGGACCUUUGGAAUCCAGAAAGUCUCUGUCAGUUUUGGACAAACCAACUUGACUGUUGAACCAGGUGUUUCCUUACAGCAAGACUUCAUCAUUCACUUUAGGGCUUUUCAGUGGAACAGGGCUGUUUCUCCUGGUCCAAGAAGUGGGAAUCCUGGAUAUAUUGUUGGGAAGCCACUCUUGGUUCUAACUGGUGACAUCGGUCACUCCAUGACCCUCUUGCAGAGCCAGGGUGAUGGAAUCUGCUCUGUUAAGAGACAUGAAGUACAAUUUGGAGUGAAUGCAAUAUCUGGAUGCAAGUUCAGGCUCAAGGAGGUGGACUGCAACAAGUUGCAGCAGGAGAUUUGUCAGACUCUUCAUGGAAGACUGAGACCAGAACAUGUGGCCAUCUUUGGUAACGCUCACCCAGCCCAGAAAGGAGAGUGGACCAGGAUCCUCAGCAAGAACUGCAGUGUUUCAGCUACAAACUGUACUUCCUGCUGUUUCAUCCCAGUUUCUCUGGAGAUCCAGGUGUUGUGGGCGUAUAUAGGCCUUCAAUCCAACCCACAAGCUCACGUAUCAGGAGCCCGAUUUUUAUACCAGUACAAAUUUAUACAGGAUUCCCAAAAAGGAACAGACAUAACUUUGACAACUCUUGUGAACUUUAUGGAUAUUACCCAGAAGCCACAGGCACCACGAGGUCAACCCCAAACGGACUGGAAAUUGCCAUUCGACUUUUUCUUUCCCUUCAAAGCAGCAUUCAGCAGAGGGGUUGACUUCCAGAAAGGCUCAGCUUCUCCCAUCUGUAUCCUGUGCCUCUUACUUCUUGGAAUUCUCAACCUAUAGACUAAUCGAAGAAAGAGAAUCAUCAAAUUUCAAUUUUCCCUAUGGGAAACUCUAAGACAGCCUACUUGGCUAAAUUGACAUUUACUUGGUUUUGACUGAAGGACACCAUUUAUGAAAAUCGAACCUAACAAAGGAGUCUUCCUUGUGAAGCACAAUAUUUUAGAAAAGUAGUGAAUGUUCCUGCAAGCCAACAGGUACAAAGUAGGUUCUCUGCUUCUCAAGAUGAGAAGGCACAGAGCCCUCCUUCAGUCCUUCAGGUUACAUUUUGCCUGACUAAAGAUUUCCAGGAUCAUCAGCCAUCUGCUCACAGGCACAGUUGGGCCAGCAGGAAGGAACACAUUUAUGCUGUCACUCUGUGAAUGCAGAAUGGCUGCCCUCUGGAUAUGAGCUGACUAUUCAAGCUGGGAAACUGCUGGCUCAGUAUUUGUCUGGCUUUUUUGCCAAGGCCUGUCCACACCUUUUGCUCAGGCAUAAGUGGUGAAAGUAAUUCUUUUUACUCAGUUUCCAGAAUGAAUGUGGGUUCCCAGCUGUUUUUUCUACUAGCAAAUGGCCUUACCAUUCAUUCCUCUUCUUUCCUUCCCUUCUUCAUGGUAAGGAGAAA